UCCCCCUGCUGCUGCACAGUGGUCCUUUCCGGAAGCAGGGCGCCGCUCUGAUUGGUGAGCUGCCGUCAGGGGGCGGAGACAACGGUGCCGCCGGCGGGAAACCUGGGCCCUGCUGGAGCAGAGCAAGCGCGACCCUCAGCCAGCCAUGUCGUCCCCGGCGUCCACCCCAAGCCGUCGCAGCACUCGGCGGGCCGCCCCUACGCCGCCAGGCCAGGACCCCCCGUCAGCUGGAGAACCUCAGCUGCUGCCCUUGUCGCCAGGCACCGAGCUCCGCAGCUCGCCCCGUGCGCCGUCGGCAGGGGCCCCCCUGGACCUGGACAUGAGCUCGCCGCUGACCUACGGCACUCCAAGCUCAAGAGUGGAGGGCACCCCAAGGAGUGGCGUUCGUGGUACACCGGUGCGGCAGAGGCCCGACUUGGGGUCGGCGCGCAAGGGGCUGCAGGUGGACUUGCACUCGGACGGGCCAGCCGCAGAGGAUAUAGUGGCAAGCGAGCAGUCUUUGGGCCAGAAGCUCGUGAUUUGGGGAACAGAUGUAAAUGUGGCAACGUGCAAAGAAAAUUUUCAGAGAUUUCUUCAGCGUUUUAUCGAUCCUCUGGCUAAAGAAGAAGAAAAUGUUGGCAUAGACAUUACUGAACCUCUGUACAUGCAGCGACUUGGGGAGAUUAACGUUACUGGAGAGCCAUUUUUAAACGUAAACUGUGAACACAUAAAAUCAUUUGACACAAAUCUGUACAGACAGCUCAUCUGCUACCCACAGGAAGUUAUCCCAACUUUCGACAUGGCUGUCAAUGAGAUCUUCUUUGACCGUUAUCCUGACUCGAUCUUAGAACAUCAGAUUCAAGUAAGACCAUUCAAUGCAUUGAAGACUAAGAAUAUGAGGAACCUGAAUCCAGAAGACAUCGACCAGCUCAUUGCCAUCAGCGGCAUGGUGAUCAGGACAUCCCAGCUGAUCCCCGAGAUGCAGGAGGCCUUCUUCCAGUGCCAGGUGUGCGCCCACACGGCCCGGGUGGAGAUAGACCGAGGCCGCAUUGCAGAGCCCGGCACCUGCGAGCGCUGCCACACCACCCACAGCAUGGCGCUCAUCCACAACCGCUCCGUCUUCUCCGACAAGCAGAUGAUCAAGCUCCAGGAGUCUCCUGAGGACAUGCCCGCCGGCCAGACACCACACACAGUCGUCCUCUUUGCUCACAACGACUUGGUGGACAAGGUCCAGCCUGGGGACAGAGUGCACGUCACAGGCAUCUACCGAGCUGUCCCCAUCCGCAUCAACCCCAGAGUGAGCAACGUGAAGUCUGUCUACAAAACCCACAUUGACGUCAUUCACUACCGCAAAACCGACUCCAAACGUCUGCAUGGCCUCGAUGAAGAGGCGGAGCAGAAACUUUUCUCAGAGAAACGUGUGGAAUUGCUUAAGGAGCUUUCCAGAAAACCAGACAUUUACGAGAGACUUGCUUCAGCCUUGGCUCCGAGCAUUUAUGAACAUGAAGAUAUAAAGAAGGGAAUCUUGCUUCAGCUCUUUGGCGGAACAAGGAAGGACUUCAGCCACACAGGGAGAGGCAAGUUCCGGGCCGAGAUCAACAUCCUGCUAUGCGGGGACCCUGGGACCAGCAAGUCCCAGCUGCUGCAGUACGUGUACAACCUGGUGCCGCGAGGCCAGUACACAUCCGGGAAGGGCUCCAGUGCCGUUGGCCUCACCGCCUAUGUCACCAAGGACCCCGAGACGCGGCAGCUCGUGCUGCAGACGGGGGCCCUGGUCCUGAGUGACAAUGGCAUCUGCUGCAUCGACGAGUUCGACAAGAUGAACGAGAGCACGCGGUCGGUGCUGCACGAGGUCAUGGAGCAGCAGACGCUCUCCAUCGCCAAGGCUGGGAUCAUCUGUCAGCUCAACGCCCGCACCUCCAUCCUGGCAGCUGCAAACCCUAUCGAGUCUCAGUGGAACCCGAAAAAAACCACCAUUGAAAACAUUCAGCUGCCCCACACACUGUUAUCAAGGUUUGACCUCAUCUUCCUCAUGCUGGACCCCCAGGACGAAGCCUAUGACCGGCGUCUGGCGCACCACCUGGUGUCCCUGUACUACCAAAGCGAGGAGCAGGCGCAGGAGGAGGUCAUGGAUAUGGCAGUGCUCAGGGACUACAUCGCCUAUGCACACAGCACCGUCCUGCCCCGGCUGAGCCAGGACGCCAGCCAGGCGCUCAUCGAGGCUUACGUGGACAUGAGGAAGAUCGGCAGCAGCCGAGGGAUGGUGUCCGCGUACCCCCGGCAGCUGGAGUCACUGAUCCGUCUAGCCGAAGCCCACGCCAAAGUGCGCUUUUCAAACAAGGUAGAGGCAGUUGACGUGGAGGAGGCGAAGCGCCUGCACCGGGAGGCCCUAAAGCAGUCGGCGACCGACCCUCGGACCGGCAUUGUGGACAUUUCCAUCCUGACCACAGGAAUGAGUGCCACUUCUCGUAAGCGGAAAGAAGAGUUAGCUGAAGCAUUGAAAAAGCUUAUUUUAUCCAAGGGCAAAACACCAGCCCUGAAAUAUCAGCAACUUUUUGAAGAUAUUCGGGGACAGUCUGACAUAGCAAUUACCAGGGACAUGUUUGAAGAAGCACUGCGUGCCCUGGCCGAUGACGACUUCCUGACGGUGACUGGCAAGACAGUGCGCUUGCUCUGAAGCCCGUGAGCAGCCGUGAGGAGAGCCUCGGGGUCGUUACGGGCUCCUUAGAUGUUCAGUUUACUAGAGAGGUGCCGUGCAGAGUAAAGAGCACACGGUGGAGAGUAUCUUCCUGUGUCCUCAAGUCCCGCUUCUGAGCACUAGGGCUGGACCAUGUACAGACCGCAGGAGGCGGCCAGGUGGGUAUUGGCCUUGUGCUGGAUCUGUGAUGGUGCCUGGAGGGUUCCUGUCCUUGCUGAGUCCUGGCUUGUUCCUUUGGCUACUAUGACGCUGGAAACAGCCCAAUGUCUGGUCACUUUCUAUUAUUUCAUCCUAAUAUGUAUCAAACAUUUUCCUCAAUAAAUGAUAGAAUAAAUAAUA